AUGAACUCUUCUUCUUCCCUUCGAGAUCUUUAUUCCAACCCGUCCUCAGCCUGGUCAUUUACUCCGCCAGCCCCAGCGGGAGCAGCUGCUGCAGUUGCAGCAGCAACAAACUCCACCCAGCCUACCUCCGGCACACCUUCAUUCCAAUGGAAAUCUCCUCGAGCCUCUCAUAAUUCAAUCUUUGACCUUUCGCCUGACCUAGCCGAUGUCUCUGACAUUGAUAUCAUGCACGUCGUCAAGACUGUGCUGGCGUCUGCUAUGCUUCAGUACACGAGUACAGCUAUAGCGAUGCCUUGGGAGGUCGGCAAGUUACUUUUACAAGUUCAAUGGGUCCCGAGAGAUGUUCAGGAUCCAGAACGUAUACAAGAGGUGCCGGAAGAUGGAGAAACGAGCGAUACAGACAGCGAAGACGAAUCGUACUUUGCUGAUCCAGGAGCAGCACCUGCUUCCACACAUGUACGCAGAGAAGAAUACCAGCACGCAUUACAUGAGGAUUCUUGGCCAGAGUUUAUCAUGCCUGUCGAACCACAAGACGGUGUAUGGGGAAUGAUCAAACGAAUAGGUCGCUUCCGGGGCGAAGGCUGGUUGGCAUUGUGGAAAGGGCUUUUGACCUCCUGCGUCAUUGAAGUACUAUCCUCAACGCUUCAACCUAUCAUCCACAACAUCCUCCAAUCCAUCUUCCUAUCUCCAACAACUUUAUAUGACCAACCACCAAUUAUUCUACCAGUGACCUCUCACUUAAUAACAGGCCUCAUCCUCUCUCCUCUUGACUUAAUCCGUACACGCAUGAUCGUUCAAUCGUUCAUUCCCAGAUACCGGACCUAUUCCGGACCCGUAGACGCCCUAAACCAAAUUCUUCGCGACGAAGGUGGACUCAAAGGCAUCUACCUCCACCCAAACCUCCUCAUACCCGCUAUAAUCGACUCUGCCUUCCGCCCUCUCGUCGCUCUCGCUCUCCCAGGACUCAUCGCUUCCUACGUCGGCCGUGCACAUAUCACCGAGAUAAAUAACCCAAUCGCAUGGGGUAUCGCUGAAUUAACUGGAAGCUGUGUGGGGUUAUUGCUGACAUUACCUUUCGAAACUGUUAGGCGGAGACUGCAGGUACAAACCAGGGGACAUGCGAACCCGAUUAGAGGUUGUGUCGAAUUAAGGCCUACGCCUUAUCACGGUGUGGUCGAUGCGUUAUGGCGGAUUAUCACUGAAGAACGGUCGGAUGUGCCUGCGAAUAGAUACACAAGUACAAAAAAGAGAAGACCGAGCCGAAGUGGUUUGAAGGACGAGACGGUGCAAGUGAAGGAGGAUGAUGGGUGGUUUAGGAAUACGGGCAUUGGGCAGUUAUAUCGUGGACUCGGCAUGAGGCUUGGUGCUAGCGUGAUCGUGUUUAUUUUGGCUCUGGUCAGCGGUGGAGAAGAUUCAGAUAGUGGAUGGGCCGAACUCUAG